GGAGACUGAGCCAAUCGCACGUUCCAUGUUAUGAGGCUCAGCUGCUAUCCGACAUCCGAUUGGGUACACCGCACCGCGGGCUUACGUGCCUCUCGCGAUUUAAUUUCUAGGGGGUAGGGACAAGGGAGUCGUGACUUGGGAGAGCGUCCACUGCCAUCGAAGUAUAAGGAAACAGAUAGUGCUGGCUCUCGCUUCUCGUAGAAUUUUUCCUUUGAGAGGUUGAAUCAUGGCACGUACAAAGCAGACAGCCCGUAAAUCAACCGGAGGUAAAGCACCUCGUAAACAGCUAGCCACAAAGGCAGCACGUAAAAGUGCCCCAUCUACGGGUGGUGUGAAAAAGCCACAUAGAUAUAGACCAGGUACAGUCGCUCUUCGAGAAAUCAGAAGAUACCAGAAAUCAACAGAGUUGUUAAUCAGAAAGUUACCUUUCCAACGAUUGGUUCGUGAAAUUGCACAAGAUUUCAAAACUGAUCUGCGUUUCCAAAGUGCUGCAAUCGGAGCAUUACAGGAAGCAUCCGAAGCAUAUCUGGUCGGUUUAUUUGAAGAUACCAACUUAUGUGCUAUCCAUGCUAAGCGUGUUACAAUCAUGCCCAAGGAUAUUCAGCUGGCUCGACGAAUCCGUGGCGAGCGUGCUUAAAUAAUAUGUAACUCCCAUACAUACCAUUUAAUACUAUUACUAUUAUUAUUAUCAUUCGUAACAAUCGUGGAUGGAGCAUUUUCAUUCCAGACUACAUAUUAUGUUGUACUCCACAAAAAUGUACAUGUUGUAACACGUUCAUCCUUUACAAUAGAUACAUAGAAUUCAAAACUCUAACAAAUCGACCCAACAUGUUACAAACUAUUUUCAAAAUAUUGAUAGUCUUCAUUUUUCGCCAUCAUUUUCUAUUAAUAUGGAGACUUACUUCGCAAAAAUGAUCGGUUACAAAUGUUCUUUUGUUUAAUUCACAUUUUCUAUCAUUUUAGACUUUGUCUGCAAAGUAUAAAAUACUUACAGACUAAUAAUUUUGAUAAAAAAAAGAAAACAAAUUGUUAAUCUUCUCAAAAAUACUUUCAAAAAUGAAAAGCAGUAGUUUUAGUUUUUCAUUACAACCCUAUUUUAUUGAUCAUUAUUACAAUACACGAUACCAUUGUUAUCAUUACUGGUAUACUUACAUAGCAAAAAUGUGUAUUAGAAAAUAAGACAGUUUCUUUAUAGGAAUCCAAUGUAGUGUUUACUAUACUAUACUAGAACUCCGGUUGCAUGAGAAUUACACAAGAUAUUUCAAUCAGCCAAGUACUCAUUGUUCGUGUAAAGAUAAACGUUUCAUAAAUAAAUCUUCGAAAUAAUAUUAGCUUACCUUUCUUUAUCUUGUAAGUAAUCAUCGCUUAACAAAUUUGUUGCUGGGAGGAAUUUUAAGAGCA